AUGCAGCUCUUCCAGCAGCUGGGGGAGGCCCUGGAGCGACUCUCGAGUGGCCAGUGUGCGUGGAACGAUCUCACCAAGGCCGAGAUCAGGAACCUGGCAGAGUUCAAUGAAGAGCCGAAGUCUGCCAUCGAGGGCCUCGAAGGCUUAGCCCUUGAGUACACAUGGCAGGAACUGCACCAGGCGACUGACGGCUUUUCGACGGCUCGCCAGUUGGGUUCAGGUGCCAGUGGUACAGUCUACCAUGCUACACUGUGCGAGGGCACAGAAGCGGCUGUGAAGGUGCUGGAUGCACCAUUGCGAGGGGGGUUUGAAGACGAAGUUCGUCUCCUGUCCAGAUGCAGGCAUCCAAAUGUAGUGAUGCUCCUGGGAUUUGCUGAAGAAAGUCUUUGCAGCGUUUUUCGACAUCGUCGCUGUGCUUUGGUUUAUGAGCUUCUGCAUGGUGGUGAUCUUUAUCGAAGGCUGCAGGCAUCCAAAGCUUACUUAUGGCAUGAACGACUGCGGACGGCCACAGAAGUUUGCCGUGGCUUGGCCCAUCUGCACAAGCACCGGCCCAAAAUCUUCCACCGUGACAUCAAGAGCCAAAACAUCCUCUUCAGCAGUGAUGGCACGGCAAAGAUAGCGGACUUCGGAUUGGCAUGUAUGGCCGCAGACAACGAUGUUCACGAGAUGGCGACAUCGCAAGUUGCUGGCACGGUGGGUUAUUCUGACCCGUUGUACACAAGGACGGGCGUGAUGUCAGAGUCUAGCGAGUGCUACUCCUUCGGGCAGGUUCUCAUUGAAAUCCUGGUUGGCCGCCCACCUGCCGUUUUGGCACAAGACGGCCACAGCUGUGUUUUUCUGAGCGAUGAGCUGCGGCCUAGGGAGGAGCCAUCUGCACCAUCCUGCAUUAGCACUGAAAUCCCAGGCUUUGCAUUCAUGAGGAUGCUGACCGCCGUCCAACAUUCCUCGAGGCCACAGAUAUGCUCAGAGACCUUACUGCUGCGGCAUUUGCGCAAGAAGCAGAUCAGGAGAGUUGCAACCUAUGAAGGCAUGGCAAUGGAUGUUCUGUUUCCGCAGGACAGCGUUGGUCGAGAUCCGACCGAGCAGCCCGAAAUAUGUCAUCAUGCUGUCCCGUUGGUUAGAGCUCAUGGCAUCCUCGAGCCGGGCAGGGAAGAUUCAACAGCAGCUUGCCUGGGCUCACCGGAAAAUGCUUUGAGGCAGCCCGAGCUUCCCCAGCUUGAGUCUGCGGAGGUCUUGGGCCAUUUCCUCCAGCAUGCCCAGCAUGCCCAGCAACUUUCACCCGCGCCGGCCCAGAUCCUGUCCCCGUCUCCCAACUAUGCACAUGCAAAGCAGGCUAGCUUGCACCAUGCGCAGUUGCAAGUCCAGCACAGACAAUCCCCUGUGCCUGUGCAACACCAGCAAACACAAGCUUUGUCACCAGGUGCCGUCAUGCAACUGUCCCCGACUGCUGUGCAGGUAGCGGCGUGCCCUCGCCCCAUAAAUCGGCGGCUCCUGCUCUGGUCGGAGAUCGACAGCCUCCAGGUUCUUGUCGCAUUUCUGGAAGGGCGUGUUUUGGUUUUGAUACGGAUGACCAUGUCUGCCGCAAUUUUCGCUGCUGCCUGCGUUGGUGACACUGCCGCUCUGCAGGUGCUGAAGAAGCUUCUGAACUGCGGCACCGAGGAAGCACGAACGCCGUCCCUGAAUGUUAUUGCUGAGCAGGCAGCGGCUGGGGCUGGCGAUGCCGGGCAGAGCAUCGGCCUUCGCACAAUUUCGCAGAGUUUUUUCGAGCGAGAUGCCCACGGGCCGGCAGAUGCUAAAGAAAGCACGGCGGCCAGCGAUGUGCAAAAAUCGGGCCAAGUAGCAAAUGCUGCUGACGCACGAGCAGAAGGGGAUGCAGAGCUGCCCAGAAAGCAGACCUCCAAGAACUCGGCCAAUCGGCGAACUCGAUGGGCCCCCGAGGAUUCACUUCGGGAUGCCGUCAUCGGCUACAUUGGUGACGAUGAAGAAGAUCCCCCUCAGGCUGGACAGGCAGUGCCGCGUCAGAGCCGUGAGAUUCAGCAGCUGAUUAGCGAUGGCGUAGACGUUCCAGUCGCCAAGGACCAGCGGUCCAAGUAUGUUUGGGUCGCUUUGGCCAGAGGGCGAGAGGCUGGCAGCAAAGGUGAUCUGACGAAGGAGGCCGAGCCGGCUCAACGGACGAAGAAGUACACCUGGAAUGCUGAAGAAAUAGUGCCGGUGGACACGAAACUUGCUAGAGACAUCGACCUUCGGUGUGAUCUCUGCGGGUUGGACUGCACAGAGGUGCUCUAUGAAUUCCGCUGCUACCCGCGCAUGCGAGCCAAAGAGCCUCGCCCAGCUGGGGGCAGGCGGCUUCAUCCCUUCGUCAGUUACAUCUCCAAGGAAUGUGGAAAAGGACUCCUAGGCCUUCAGACGGAGGCCUCCAAACUGCGAGAGAGCAUCUACCGCCUAGUCAGCGACGACAACAAUGCGACUGUGGAGACGCUUCAGGAGCUGUGGCGCCAUGCCACGAAAAGUCAGAAGCUGGUUCGGCAGCCGGAUGCUGCAGUCUCUCCUGUUUGGACGGCUGAAGAUCUGGCGGAAGCAGACUUCGAUUGGACCAUAAUCGACGGCAAAGCCAUUGACGGAUUCAUCCCAGCUCAUCCUGGGGGACGUCUUAUUUGGUCGGCUGUGGGCCAGGAUCAGGGUGUCAACCUUUGUGCAUUCUGUCAGACUGUUCUCCAUCUUUUCAUUGACAGACCUUCUAUUGGCUUCCGAUCCGGUGUGUCUUGGAGCCAGUCUCCGAAGCUCGGCAGCAUGCUCUCCACUGCCUUCAGACUGCACCUUGUAGCAGAGCUGAUGCCCAAGGAGAUCUUCACCAUGCUGUCUACUUGCAUGAACGGCGCCUCCCAGGUCGCUGAAGGCUCCUUGCAAGCCUUCGCCCAGUUCCAGUUGCCGCUUCAGGUCCUCGAGCCGCCCGCCAGCAAGGCAAAGCUGUUGGAGCGUUGCAAGGAUGUGGCCUCCUGGUGGGCGGAGGCACCGCAGGGCUUCGCACUAGGCUACGUAACGUCUCGCCGGAGCUCUCAGAAAGGCUCUCCUCAGCCCGGGCUACCAGGGCCCUUCUGGCACGCUUUGGCAGCAUUGCUCCUCAGCAGAGCAGUGGCCAAACUGGUUCUUCUUCCGUUUGCUGAGGUUCAGCACUUCCUGAUGCCGGACGCGCCCGGUCACGAGGACUUCGUGCAGCAGCAGCUUUCAACAACUGCUAACCUUCGCUUCACGAGCGCAGCUGCGCGUCUUUUCGAUUUCCUCAUGUUUCAUGGUGACAGCUUGCAGGUGGAGCACCACCUUUGGCCGGCCAUGAGCUUCGUCCACCUGCAGGAAGCUUCGCGCACCGUGAAGGCAACCUGUCGAGAGUUGGGGUUGCCGUAUACGGAGAUCGGCUACUUCGAAGCCUUUCUCAAGGUCUGGAACCAGGUUCGGGACCACGCGGCCCAGCCCGAGUGA